AUGACGCAGGGCCCGCCGCGGCCGCCCACAUCCAGCGCCGAUCGCCCGCAUCAUCGUCAGCAGCACCGGCGUCCCCCGCCGCGAGAGCCCGGGUCGCAGCCAAGAGGCACGUCCCCGGAGGCCCUCGCCCUGCUGGCCGCCUGGGUGGAGGAUCCCUCCCACCUGAGCGCCGGGCUGACGCGGUUCGACGCCGGGGCGCGCGACCCCGAGCUGUGCAGCCGCCUGGCCACGAUCUCGGGGCUGCUGGCAUCCCGGGGGCCGGGCGCGGGGCUGAGCAGGACAUCGACGCCGGCGGGCGGCGGGAGGGGCUGGGUGCCCGCCAACGGCCUCAGGGCAACCGCGUCGGCGGGGGACGUUCGGGAGAGGUUCGAUCAGGCCGGGACGUCUGGCGCACGGCGCAGACGUGCCGCCUGGAACCAACCGGGUGCGGUGGAGGGCCCGGACAGCUCCGCGGGGUACUUGCGCCACCCGGGAGUGGAGAAGCUCUUGAUCGAGUACUACAAAAUGGUCGAAGCAGCGAGGGCAGGUCCUGGGGUUGGAGCUGCAAAAGCACCGGGCUCGUCGAAGAACCUGCUUGUGCGCUGGGGGUGCCCUCAGCCACCAGAAUUCCUUGAGUUGCACCGUAUGGUCAAACGCUCUCAAGCAUAUGCUGCACUUGGGUCGACAUGCAUUAUGCAUUUGCUGCCCUUGCUCCUGCCCUUGUGGCUCUGUUUGCUCCGGCAUCUGUUGGGCACAUCAGUUUUCAGUUGCAUCCUCAGCGUCGGCCUCGGUCUGCUGUUCUUCAGAACCGCUGAGGUCCUACACUGCGAGGGGCUGCAGAAACUGAGACAGGGGCCUGAGGGGAAGAUUCGGGCCUUCAGGAUACCUCCCAAUGGGAAAAUGCCACCUGAGUCACAGGAACUGCUUGCAGCCCUUGCUAAAUGCAAGGCUGGCUUGUCCAAAGAGCCGCUGGCAGCCGAUGCAAGGCGUAUUUGUAGUCCAAGGGAAGCUCGCUUUGGAGACACCCCAACUUCCAACACUGUGGCUGGUUUGCGUGAUGGCGGGGACCCUGCCAUCGCUGCAUUGUUACAGGAUGUGAACUUGGUUCGAGAAGCUGUGCUUGGCAUUGAAAGGGGGAACGACAUCGCCGACGGCACAGAGUUGGGGGAACUCAGCAGACAGGUCAAAAUGCUUUGCGAGGCGGUGGGCGUGCCCUUCAGCAAUGGGAGAAUGUCAUCGGUAGUUGCACUCAGUGAAAAGCUGCAAGAAAUCAAGGGGGUAGUGGGAUGUUGA